AUGCAGUUGAGCUAUGACCAUUUGCCUGUUGACUUGAAGUGUUGCUUCCUCUAUUUGGGAGCCUUUCCCAAUGGCAAUCAUAUCCCCGCUGCAAAACUGAUGCAGCUAUGGAUUGCAGAGGGGUUUGUUGAGGAAGAAGGAGUAUUAACCAUGGAAGUCAUAGCGUGUGAAAAGUUGUGUAGUUUGGUUAGUAGGAAUCUAGUGAUGACAACACAGAGAAAGUCGAAUGGUCAAAUUAAAACUUGUUGUGUUCAUGACAUGUUGCUCCAAUUCUGCAAGAAGGAAGCUAAGGGCGAAGGCCUAUUCAAUGAAAUCAAUGAAAUUAAUGUCAGGAAUCAACAGGAUGUCUGUCGUCGACUAAGCGUUCACUGCCCUUUUAAGGAGUUCGUUUCUUCAAAGCAACAUCCAGAACAUGUCUGGUCCUUAUUAUGUUUUGCCUCGAAUAGAGUUGAGAUGCCUCCAGAAAUCAUUCAAUCACUCCGCAAGGCCUUUCCAUUGCUGAGGGUGUUGCACUUUGCACCAGAUGAAUCUGUCAUUUUCACGCGUUGCCAUAGAGACUUUUCUCGGUUAUUUCAUCUUAAGUACAUUGCUAUCUCAACUACACUCAAAGUCCUCCCUACCGAGAUUGGGAACUUGCAAAAUUUGCAGACUCUUAUAGUUAGGACAACGGAGAAUACUCUUAAAAUUAAAGGUGACAUAUGGAGCAUGUCAAGGUUAAGGCAUUUUCAAACCAACUCUUCUGCCGAACUUCCUUCCCCUUCUGCUCCGAAGACUAAGGAUGAUCCCUUUCCAAAUCAAAACUUACAAACCCUUUCCAAGGUUUCACCUUUAAGCUGCACGGCUACUGCACUUGCCAAGGUCCCAAAUCUCAAGAAAUUGGGCAUUCGGGGGACUUUGGCUAAACUAUUGGAGACAGAUAAAAAGAGUGGAUCUAGUUUGUUCAAAAACCUCAGAGAGUUUAAGUUGUUGGAAAAUCUAAAGCUGUUGAAUGACGGGGAGGAACUACAACACCUUCCUCAGAAGUAUGAAUUUCCAGUGAACCUAACAAAGCUGACCCUGUCAAAGACCUCUCUCCAUUGGAGAGAAUUGGCGGUAUUGGGAACACUUGAAAAACUUGAAAUCCUCAAGUUGCAUGAGCAUGCAGCUGUAGGAGAGUGUUGGGAGCCAAUCAUUGGCGGGUUUCUUUGUCUUCAGGUCCUGCAUAUUGAGAGGAUUGACUUAAGAUACUGGAAAGCUUCAAAUAAACACUUCCCAGGACUCAAGAGCCUUGUUCUUAGGCACUGUGAGAAGCUCGAGGAGAUCCCACCUGUCCUGGCAGAUAUAAGCAAUCUUCAAGAGAUAGACGUGAACCACACCAAGAAGGCAAUCAAGUCUGCACAGAACAUACUCAAGCGGAAACAACAGAAACAGGACCCAACUGAAAAAUGCACCCGCAGAUUCAAGCUCACUAUCUACCCUCCACUGGAUCCUUCUCAACAAAGCUAGCUUUGCCAGGUAUAUUUAAUGCAGUAGUGCUAGAAUUCAUCAGCCCACUUUGAAUUCUUGAAGUUAAUUGUUACAAUCAGAGCAUUGAAGGG